AUGGAUUCUUCCAAAGAGGCCAAGAAGCCAGCGACGAAUGCAAAAGGGCAAAAUGGCCGAAGAAAGAAGAGACAAGCAAACCUCUACGAUGCCGUUGCAGGACGAGUGACCACCACUCACCAUCUCGCCUCAUCAGCCGUAGGCACAAAGUCCAAAGACGGCUAUUACGGUCUCAAGGACGCAACUCUCGCCCCCGAGGAAAUUCUCUUUCAGCGCCUCGGCGCACCCCAGCGCUAUGCGGAAAAGGACGUCUACCACUCGCAGCACGAGGCCCUCCCCGACGCAGGCAGGGACUUGCUGCCAGACAGCGACCUGCUCAAGGCGGUGCACGGGUAUGCUGCGAAUUUCUACGAGCAGCUGGCGGUUCCGGGCCCCGGUCAGGAUGCAAAGGAGCUCAGGUCGAGCUGCUUUGUGGGGACGCGACACGUCGACGAGCGCAGCAUGGACGAGACGGCGCUCAUCGCGUUUGGGAUCCUGCUCCAGGAGGCCGGGAGGGAGGUUCUGGGCCGGCGCGGGGACCUUGUCUUCACCGAAGGCUUGAUUGAGGAAGAGGAGGAGCAGAGCGCAACGAGUCGCCGAGGUCGCAGCAGGUCGCGGUCUGUUGGUGUGGCAGGACAGGCACCUGUGCAUCUGGGAGAGGGAGAGGUGUUUUGGCGAAGAUCCUACCCGAAGCGGCGGAAGAUGUCCGACGGCGCAGGACGAUAGCCGACAGCCCGGAGGCGGAAGGGAAGGAACAUGGGAUCCCUGCCGAGUGUGCGCUGGUAAUUUCCGCAGCUAUGGUCUGAACGCUGGACGUCAUCCUAUCGACAAUUCCUGCAACUUUAUCUAUGCGAAAAUAUGAGAUAAACCAGGCUUUAGGUAUGAGCUAUCUCUGUCUGUCCCACAGAGCCGACUACAAGCUCAAGUACCUAGCCGAAAAGAUGACCCGCCUGUGUGUGGGGCUACUGGUCAAGAGAAGAUCACACACAAAAGCGUCAGUGCAUGCAUGAUUGGGUUGUCCGAGGUACUUUCCUAUGCGGUCUUGCGACUGCGAAACCGUGCCUCAAACCAUCCAAGUGGUCGUGUCGCGCACUCUUUUCCAAGUUUCUCAAUCGAUACUAUUCUAGAUACAAGUGCUGGUUCAGAACAUUUGCCGAAUUAAACCUCCACCCAACUUGCAUCUAUCUGUCCACAGCGGGGUUUGAUUUUGCAGUAUACCAGAUACCUUAAUCAAGGCGUCACCAAUAGGCACGCAUAUUAUCCA